GCCGUGAUGGUCGAUCCAAUCCAAACCAUGGAGGGGAUGACUCUUAUUCGAUCUGAUCCGGAUACUACUGUCGCAUGCCACUCCCUCCCUCCCAUCCAUCCAUCCAAACAUCCAGCCAUAAUCCAGCCCACCCACGGACCCAUCCAUCCAUCUACCCAUCCAACCUUCCAACCUUCCAGCCAUGAAUCAUGAACCUCUCUCGCCUUCCAAGGCCCAUGCAGUAGUGUCUGACCGCCACCAAACCCAAACCCCUAAUAUUAGAUCCAGCCUACAUCCUUAGCCUGACCGAUGCCUGCACCAGGGCACCUACCUACUGUACCUCGUACAUGAUACAGAUGGCCCGGUGCCCUUCCGAU